GUGUCAUCUUGCUAGACAGUUUUGCUCACUGCCAUUGGCUGUUGGCGUAUCCAAUGAAAAAGAGUGUUGGUGUCUUCCUUACAGCCUCCCAUGCGUGUGAGUGUUAGCAAAGCAACACAAUGCUUCGCCGAGAGACGAGACUGAGACGGGAGUAUCUGUAUAGGAAGGCCCAGGAGGACAGAGUGCGGACUAUUGAGGAGAAGAAACAGAAGCUGAAAUCUGCUCUUGAUGACAAUCGUCUCAUCCCUACGGAGGUUCGCAGAGAAGCAGUACAGUUACAGAAAUUGCUGGAGUAUGACGAUGAGGGAGCUGAAGGUGUCAGCUCUCACAUGGAUGAUGAAUAUAAAUGGGCUGGAGUGGAGGAUCCAAAGGUCAUGGUCACAACGUCAAGAGACCCCAGCUCUCGACUCAAGAUGUUUGUCAAAGAGGUGAAGCUGAUCUUUCCAGGGGCUCAGCGUAUGAACAGGGGAGGUCAUGAGAUCAAUGCUCUGGUACAAGCCUGUAAAGCCAACAAUGUUACAGACCUGGUCAUUGUUCAUGAAACCAGAGGACAGCCAGAUGGCCUGGUGGUGUGCCACCUACCUUUUGGACCAACUGCAUACUUCACCCUUUACAAUGUGGUAAUGAGACAUGAUGUGCCGGACAUUGAAACCAUGUCUGAGGCCUACCCCCACCUCAUCUUUCACAACUUCUCCUCACGACUUGGCCAGAGGGUUUCCAAUAUCCUCAAGUAUUUGUUCCCAGUGCCUAAAGAGGACAGUAGACGAGUUAUCACAUUUGCCAACCAGGAGGAUUUUAUAUCUUUCAGACAUCACACUUAUAAGAAAACGGACCACAAGAACGUUGAGUUGUCAGAAGUUGGGCCCAGAUUUGAAAUGAAAUUGUACAUGAUCAAGCUUGGUACCCUGGAGAAUGAGGCUACCGCAGACGUUGAAUGGCGCCACCACUCAUACACACACACUGCCAAAAAGAGGAAGUUUCUCAGCGUGGAGUAGGCUCAACCAGUAUGCCCCUUUCAUGGACCGCUCAUGGCAAAAGCAGCCCAACCACGUAGUUGCAUAAUGCUGUGUUAAGUUUUACACAUCAUUCCUCGGAUAUGUAUUUCAUGUUAAUAUGGUGUUAAACUGCAUGUUUCUUUGUCAUGCCUAGUAGGCAUGUCUGUUUGCUUUAGUCAACUUUUCUUAAAUGUAUAAUAGCCAUGGUAAACCUUCCAGAGAAUGAAAAAGAUAACAGCAUUUCAAUAUUUUUUUAAAUAAUUGAUAUUUAAUACAAUGAGUUCUGUCAAAAUUAUUCACAAUAAUAACCACAAGAAAUGUUCACUGGUACACAAGUUUAUAGAAAGACACACAUUUGGGCUCCUGAGUGACGCAGCGGUCUAAGGCACUGUAUCUCAGUGCAAAAGGGGUCACUGCAGUCUCUGGUUCAAAUCCAGCCAUGAUUGGGAGUCCCAUUGGGCGGUGCACAAUUGGCGCAGCAUGGUAAACAAGCAUUUGUUCUUAACUGACUUGCCUAGUUAAAUAAAAAAUAAAUAUGUACUGUAUCUGAGCUAGUGACUUGCGAAGAGAUGCUCAACAUGUGAAAAUAAAAGCAGUCCCAGGUUUUAAA